CACUAGACAUAGACUUAUCUCUAGACAACCAAAUAGCAUUAAUAGCCCCCAAACUCAACUAUACUCCAUCUGGAACUAUUCUACAGCUUCCAGAAUCAUACUCAACUCUCCAAGUUGUACUAUCAGCAUCAUCAACAAUCCUCGCACUCGCUUAAAACAUCUGGAUUGUCUCAUACUACAUAACCAUGGCUGAAAGCUUAACCUAUUCGUCGCGGAAAAACUCUUUGACCUCCAUCUCGACCACGGGGACUGGAUCUGGCGCCAACAAGUCGGUGCGAAACAUGUCUACCGAUAAUCUCAUCUCGCUAGAGGAUAAGUUUAUGAAGAAACAGAUCAAGAAAGUGCCCAAUGGGUUCGGCUCCAAAUCAUCUCCACCUCAAAGCUCACAUCAACAGUACCACCUCCAGCACACGCAUUUUCUGCUGCCUCAAUCUCAGCAACAAACCUUCCACUCCCAGCACCCCCACCAGAAAAUGCGCCAGCACUCAGUACCUCAAUACCAACAGAUCAGUCCACAGCAUAUGCCUCCACAGCAGCAGCAACAGCAGCUACAUAUUCUUCCCAAAGGCUCUUCUAGUCCUAACUCAGCGCCAGAUUCACCACAGAGUGCCAACGGAGGAGCUUUCUACUUCCCCAACGGUGAAGUGUUCAGACCCAGGGCCACUCCAACGAAGAGAAAUAGACCUAACAAGAUCCACCACCUGAUCCCAUCGGGCGGCCUGCCUCAGGGAACCUCCGCUCCACAAUUCCAUGGACCUCCUCAACAGAUUCAUGGAUACCGUAGUCAACAAAACGUAAACGUAAGCCAGAUUGCCCCACCAGCACGUAAUACUCCGCCAAGUGCUUUCCACCAGUUGCCAUCACACUUGCAUCAGCAAUUCCAGCCUAUACAGACAUCCGUGGUCCAUAUGCCUGCCGUAAUCGCUAAUGGCACUACUUCUUCAGCAUCCUCGAUCUCUCAUCGGUCGAGUUCUAAUAACUCAGAUUCUCAAGAUUCAAUAGUAGGAGAUGCUUCACUUCAUUCUCUCAACUCGCUAAACAAUUCAUCUUCAACCACAGUUACCAGUGUGAGCAACAGCAUUCACGUUGUUCCCCAGACCGUCAUCCCCAGUAUAUAUAGCCAAAUCAAAGCAUUCAAACACGACUCUUGCAACACAAUUUCAACGAAGCUGGAUCCUUCUAGUAAUUGGGCUGUCAAUGAACUCAGUCUGAAUUCGUCUGACAAAUAUGUUGAAGAAGAAGUACCAAAGGGCAUAAAUUUGGCCAGUUUGGCGGAGACAUCGCCAGCAUUGUCGACAUUCUCUUCAGAAAAGAGUGCCUCAUUAAGUUCUUUGCAAGAAGGAGAACACAUGAUUAUAGCUGAAAGUAAAGACUUGCAGAAAUCCGAGUCGAACUCGUCUUCUUUCUCUCACAUCUCUGUUUCUUCGUCAUUCUCCUCUUCCAGUUCGAACGAAUCCAGUACAACCAUGCCAAAUUCUAAUGUUGCUCGUUCUACCUCCAAUACACCUACUACGUCCAUAAAUACAGAAGAAGGCAAUGUUGUUGGUCAAACUAACAUUUUCAAUGAUCAGCAUACCAUCAUUUCGCCGGUAACUCCAACAUCGGUUAAAUCUAAUAGUGGGCCAUUCGAUACUGAGGAUAGAAUAACUCCAAAUGUUCGUCAAGAGUCAUCAAACGAAUCUUUAUCUACUGAAGUCACGUUGAUUCUGGAAUGUCACAAUGAAUCGGUUGCAGAUGAUAAUGACCAUGAUAAUGAUCAGGAGGAUACUGUUCAUGACAAUGACGACACCAAUGUCGAACAGGUAGAAAGUGAAGUUGAUAAUGCUACGACGAAAGCUGGAGACAACAACGUUGGUAAGACGCCAGUGAACAUAUCUGGUGCAUCUUUUAACAAAGAGAGCUCUAGCAGUGAUGAAACAAAUGAAACUACAGACUUUUCUUCAAGUUCUCGCACAGAAGAAGAAAAAGAAGAAUCGGAGGCUUCCGAAGAAUCUUCAGAAGCAAACACUAACAGAAAUAGCAGAAGCAGUAUUUUGCCAGAACCUACGAUUGAUGAUGAAGACUACAGUAUUAUCGAGGACUAUACUUUUGAAGAGAUCGAAGUAGUCACUGAAAGAAAUGAAGUUGUAGACAGCAACAGAACUCCAGUGAUGACGAAACUUCUUGAUACAUCAAAUAUUUUAGGACAUGAUGAGAUUCCAGAGACCAUGGUAGAUAGAGUAAUCGAUAUAGAUGACGAGCACUCUAUUCACAUUCGUUCUCCACCAACCUCAGCCCCAACAACACCAAGAAGUUCUAUGCAUUUUGAAUCUAAUGAUCAUGAUGGGUUUGUUAAACUCUUGCAAGACACUCAGAAUGAGGUUCCACCACGAGCAGAUGUAAUUGUUAUUCAUAAGCCCAGAAGAAAGCCACCACAGGAGGAUUUCCUUCCAGAGGAAGGUAAACUAGAAAAUGCACCAGUCCUUGAAGUGGAGACUUUGAGAGCUUCUUCGUCUUCACCUCCAUUGCUCUUGAAUGAUAAACCAGUUAUUGCAGAACACGAUGAGGGCCUGAACGGUCCGUCGAUUAUUGGAGAACAUCAGAGUAAAGCUAUGACUGAAGUUCUCGGUUCUUUAGCUCCGGGAAAACAAAUCCCUAGAAUGAGAUCGUUGUUGGAUGUAGCAGAAUCUGAUGCCAUUAAAAAAGUCAUUCCUGCUCCUACUGCUACUAUUCAGAUUCCGUCGAGAAGUGGAUCGUCUUCUACAAUUUCUAGUAUUGAAUCGUCUAAUCACUACGUUCAACCUCCACCAACGUACAGAGUACCACCCAUUAGAACUUUAAAGGCUAGAACUAAAUCAUUGCCUCUGUUGAACGAUCAAGCAAGCACUUGGUCGCUGAAGAAGUCACCGUCCACGGCUAACUUUAAAAGUUUAUGGAACAAAAUCAAGGUGAAAUUGCCUGAUAAAGACACCAUGAUUCCAGUUGCUCGAGUAGUAACAGCAAAUUCCACAACAAGCUCUUCUACCACACUGAAGAAGAUCAAGAAGUCAUUUUCGUUUGGUAAUUUGAGAAAAGCUCCGUCUACCACAUCGAGUCCACCACUUCCUGCUAUUCCGGUUGUGGACAGUAAUUCAAACGCCUUGCCUAAAUCGCCAAGAAAGAGUCUCUUUGAGGAGAUUCCUCAUUUCGAAAUCGAAAACUUGCCCACCAUUGAAACCGAGUCAGACUUAUUUGGUGAUAUGAUGGAUAAUUUCGACACUCUGAUAAACUAUGAUGAUCUUGUGAAGCCCAUCAAACCUACGAUUUCGAAUAGUUCGGCAGUAGAUGGAAAAGCAAUAGACCCAUUCUUGAACGAUGAUGAGUUGACAAAGGAUCAAAUAAAGGACCAACAAGAGAAGGACGAGGAGGUGUCAGUUUCUGCAGCUGUAUCCAAGGAUAUCUUUACUCAUGGUGAUUACAGCGAAGACAAUUCCAUUAACAAUCCUAGACAUUCUACCGACCUGGUCUAUAUUGAUGAGAAUAUUAAGUUCCUUCAGGAUGAGUUUGUCUGGUCAUCGUUAGAAGAUGGAAGACUUAGCAGAGUAUUGAUUGAGAAAGAAGAACCGGAAAUGGCUCCUAAUUCUGUUGUUCCUGAGCGUAAGGUUGGAAGACAUGGUGGUGAAACUAUUAUCAUCAACAGUGAACAGUUGUACUACAUCUUCAACAAUUUGACAGAUUUUCAAAGAAGACAUUUACCACCUCAUUUGAAGUACAUCAAGCAAUUCAGAGACUACAAGUAUGUGGAAAUAAGUGUCAUGAAGUUCGAAGACUUGUCGGAAGUUGAAAUGAAGUCAGAUAUCGUCCACUCAGCUCCAAUCUUGAAGAAGAAACACGAUGCCAGUGCACCAAAGAAGAAGGUCAUGUUUUCCAACAAGAUAUUUGUCAAUGAAACUUUUGCACCAGAAAUGUACAAGCGUUACAACAAGGCAGUUACGCAGUACACUUUGACGGAGUCUAGUGAAAUCAACAAGAUCAAGAAUGAAUUGAACUACUUCAAAUGCAAUGAGAUGUUGGUUCACGAGAGUUCGCAGAACAAUACUCACUUCUUCUAUUGAUUCUAUAUAUACAUCUAGGGUAUUAGAUUAAUGUGGUCCGGGAAUUUUGGGAUAUUUUUGCAUAGUUCGUAAUAGUAAUUAAUACAUAUUUAAAGAGACGCA